GGGCGCGGUUUCUCUGUCGUCCCAUUGAAGGGGACCGCAGGGAGUGGUGAGCUCCUCAUCUUGAUACCUAAUCUGCUUGAUUGUGUGUUCGCUAGCAGAAAGCGAAGAGGAGGGGAUAGCAGUGGUCAGUGACAAAAUUAUGGAUCUCAACAGUGAUCCAAUGGGAGAAAGAGAGGGUGAUCGUCAGGGAUGUUAGGCGAGAUUGAAGUAGUUUAGAAGAACUGUGGAGGGCUGGACUGACAUCAGAUGAGGUUGCUAAUUUGAGAGUUUAGCAACUCGGAGGAAUUUAUCAUGUUCGCUCCAUUGAGGAUUGCUGAAGCAGAUGGCCGUGGUGUGGAGUUCAAAAGAGGGUACACUCAUCACAGGGCGAAAUUGCUGGUAAAAACUGUAGAAUGGCGUUCUAGUGCGCUGGGUAAUGUUCGUGAUAUGCCCCAGGCUCUGUAUCAAUUUUGGCGCUCCCUCCUUCCACCUCCCUUCCGCCUGUCUAUUGCGAUCGAGCAUGCAACCGAGGACCCCAGCGGGAGGAGGAGCGGGAGGAGCGGGAGGAGGGAUGGGAAAAGGAGCGGGAAAAGGAGGAGUGGGAGGAGGAGCGGGAGGGGAUGUGCGAAGGGGCGGAGGAGUUGGAGAAGGAGGAGCGGCAAGGGAAACGGGAAGGGGGUUAGGAGCGGGAGGAGCACGAGGAGAAACGAGAAGGGGCGGAGGAGGCGCGGGAGGAGGGGCAGUAGAAGGAGCGGGAGGGGGAGCAGGAGGGGGAGCAGAAGGGGGAGCGGGGAGGGGGUUAACGAACGCGCGGGAGGCGGAGGAGGGGGAGGAGAAGCGGGAGGAGCACGAGGACGAGCGGGAGAAGGAGCGGCAGGAGGAACGGGGGAAAGAGCAGGGGAAGCAGCGGGAGAAGAAGUAGCGGGGGGGAGAGCGGGAGAAGGAGGAGGAGGAGGAGGAGGAGGAAGAGGAGAGGGAGGAGCAGCAGGAGAACGAGCGGCGGCUGGGCUAUGGAGGGAUCUUUGCCACGUUGUUUGGCGGAGGAGGAGCGGGAGGAGGAGGAGGAGGAGGAGGAGGAGGAGUGGGAGGAGCGGGAGAAGGAGCGAGAGGAGGCAUGGGAGAAGGCGCGGGAGCGGGGCUACGGUGCGGGAAGAGAAGCGGGAGGAGGGGGAGGAGGAACGGGGGGAAAAGCAGGAGAAGCAGCGGAAGGAGGACGAGCAGCAGGACGAGCGGGAGGAGCAGCAACAGAGAGAGCGGGAGAAGGAGAGGGAGGAAGAGCGAGAGAAGGACCGGGAGCGGGGCUAUGGCGGGAUCUUUGUCAUGUUGUUUGGUAGAGGAGCGGGAGGAGGAGGAAGAGCGGGAGGAGGAGCGGGAGGAGCAGUGGGAGAAGGAGGGGGAGAAGGAGGGGGAGAAGGAGGGGGAGGGGAUUGGGGAUGGGAGUGUUCAGCCCCGCGGCAUACCACCAUGAUAUGCCCGCGUCAGACCCCCCACGGCUCGAGGAAGACUGGCACAAGCAGCUCGUACCCGAGGCCAGGCCAAGGCCAGUGCAGCCAGGAACCUCCACGAAAAGAGCCAGAGCCAGAGAAGAGAAAGGAAGUCGUGGAGGUAGAGGAUGAUGAGGAGGAAGAAGAGGACGAAAGGCUGCGCCAGGAAGAAGACCUGAGGGCGGAGCAAAGGGCUAGGAAGAGAGAAGCCCCAGAGGAAGCCGAGCCGAUUCUGCGGAAUAUGCCGCUGAAGAAAAAUAAGUAUGCGGUCCGGCUAGAGGAGGGGUUCGACGUGGAAAGGGUAAUUGAUAGGUUGUUGGAGGGCUACAACGACCUGAUGACCCUGAAGGAGAUUUUGGCGUCGACCCCUAAGCUCCGUGAUGGAUUGAAAGGCAGAUUGUCACGGCACCUGGUGCCCAGCAUGAUUCCGCCAAAGGAGGCGGAAUGGGCAAAGAUAGGGACAAAGAGGGACUGGAAGUGUGUGGCCUGUUGCGUGGUGGAUUUGGUGGUAAAAGGCUCCAAGUGCGCAGCGAUGGUGGAUACGGGAGCAGAGAUGAAUAUUAUCCGCAAGGCUGACACACUCAGAUUUGGAUUAGAAAUAGACCGCUCUGAUUGCGGCAUCCUACAUGGAGCUAACUGCAAGGCAGUGUUUUGCGGGACAACCUCAGAUGUACUUAUCGUGGUUGGAAGAGUAAAAGCCAGAGCCUGCUUCUUCGUUAUGCCAGACGUGGACCAUGAAAUCCUUCUGGGAAGAUCCUUUUUGUGUAGCACAGAGACGUUGAUGUUUAAUAAGGACGACAAAACUCUGAUCCUAAACAUGUGUGAUCCUGCCUGCGGAAACUACGAGGUAAUCACCUGCAGGAAUACAAGACCACGGAGUAUAAGGAACCGGCCCAAUCCUGGCUCGUUCACGAUCGAGGAGUCAGAGGACGAGCGCCGGAGGUUGCUUAUGGAAGCCGAGGAGGAAGAAAGAGGCGAGGCGUUUUCCCUCAGUCUAUCGGACGUGAACAAGGCCAUGGAUAUAGUGACCACGCACGAGAUGGUGGAUCUAGACGCCAUUCAGGCGUUGAGGGAACAGUUCCUUGACCAGCAUGGCGAAGGAUUGACGGCUCCAGAGAGGGCAGAAGUCGGGACUUCGAGGAGGGCAAACGAGUACUUGGACCGAAAAAUCCGCUUCCUGGCCAAGACAUCUUUCGAUAGGUAUCUGAUGUUGGAAGUUGAUCUGGCCGGGAAGAAGAUGAAGGAAGUGAGCCAUGGAGUGCGUCUGGAGGCGGUCGAGGCUGAGGUCCGAGAGCUCAGGGCAUUGGUAGCCAGUCAAGCUGCCAUAAUCCAGGACUUGAGGCGGCAACCUCGAGAUGAGGGUGAUAGGGCUGACAGAGAAGAGCCUGCCGAGGUGGUGGACAGGGCAGAGAGUAGCCGGCCAGUUGUGGAACUCACGAUGGCAGCUACGCCACUAUCAGCUGGGGAGGGGCUGCAGACGGCCAACAACGAGCCGGUUCAGGGCUCAGCAGAGGGGUCUAUGGAUGUGCUUCUCGAAGCAGUUCACACUAUGCAGGAAGAGGCAAGUCUAUUUUCACCAGAGCAGAGGAUGGAGGAGCCUCUUGAGGGAGAGAUGGGGACUACGAUAGAGGACGCCAUCGAGGGCAAGCCUCAGAGGCUGGAUACGCCUGAGUAUAGACCAAAGGGGAUUGGGAUACGACCAGAGCCUUGUACUCAAGAGUUGGAUGCGGAACCAGAGGACCCUUUGGAUGUACCCCAAUGUCAUGAGGUGGCCAAGGAUGCAAGCGAGACACCAUCAUUACCAGGGUCUGAAAAGAGAAAGAAGAGAGGUCGGAGAUCAGGUGACUUAUACUACUUCUGCAAAAGCGAGGAGCACAGGGCUUUGCAGUGUCCUAAGUUUCUAAAGGACCUGGCUGCAGGGAAGGUUACAGAGAGUGGUGGAAGGAUGUAUGAUAGGCAGGGUAGAGUAGUAGAGCGAUCUGCAGAUGGGGGUAGGGCUCAACUGUACAGGCAGAACCAGGAGGAGAUGAGUCCGGAAUGGUCAGGCACUCUUGAGAAGGACGACAAGCUUAUAGCUGGAGCCGUUGUGUGGAGGCUUCCAGAAGUGGAUGGAAAAAAACUCAGACUGCCUAGAGUCAUUGUGGUUGAAGACACAAUGAGAGCUGCAACUUGUGCUGAACGAUAUGAGAUGAUGAAUCGGUUCGAGUUAUGCUUUGCGGGAGCUGUAUCUGACGAUCAAUCCGCCAAGAAGGAAUGGCAGAGGUUCACAUCCUUCCUUAAGAAGAAUGAAAGGGUCGCAUAUGGAGACAUUGAUGGUUGGCAGCUGCUGAUGAUGCCACCACCUCCGAGUUCUGGAACCUCUGGGAUGUUGGUGAAUUUGACAGUGUAUUAUGGGCGCAGUAGAGUUCAGCCAGCAUUCAGUGGGGGGAAUCAUUCAGGGCCAAAUUUUGCAGCAGGUUCGAAUGGGGUUAAUCUGAGCUUUUCGGCAGCACCAAUGCAUUCACAUUAUGGGACCACAGCACCACAUGGUCCCCCCGCUCAAGUAGCUCAUCAUCCACAUGGUCCUGUAAUGGUGGGUUUCUACAGCCAAGGCCCGUAUAGUUUUGCCAUGCCUCCACAAGGACCCGGAAUGUAUCCAGGUUUGCAAUAUGUCCACGAAUUUCCACAUGGCUACCCACCACGAGUCAAUCCUGGAAUGGUGGGUCAUCCUCCCGUGGCUCCUGUUGCAGAUGGAGUCUCACCGAGAAAUCGUUUCUUGCCCCGUUCAGGUGUGGUCGGAACAUCACAAGGUUGCACAAGUAAUUAUGAUGGCCGCCCUUUGGCCCAAGGUACGAGUGAGUGUGGGCAAUCAGGCCGAGGAUCGGGUCAACCAGCCAGCUCAGGGCUGCAGGACAUGGAUAUUUCCUCCCCAAGUGAAGUGCAGACCGGGAGCAGGACAAGCUCUGAUGAGGAAGGUGAGGCUGGAGCAGCAAUAGGCGGACGAAGUCUUGAGCAGAAUGGAGAUGUACGAUCGACUGGUGCUACUAGGGCACGCCAUGGUGGUGGGCCAAGCCAUGCACCCCCACGCCCAACACCUCGAGUUGCUACUGUUCAUCCAAACUACAUGCGAUCCCUCAAGCAUACGCACAAUGCAUGGGUGUUUGGCGCAAUUGCUGAGCUUGUUGACAAUGCUGCUGAUGCAAAGGCUAAAAGACUUGACAUAUACAUGGAGCAAGCGGUGAUGCCAGGCACAACAGAGCCCAUUCCGAUGCUUUGCGUGUGUGAUAAUGGAGUUGGCAUGGAUCACAAUGAAAUCGGUCGCAUGCUGAAAUUUGGCCAUGGCUCACACCCGGAGGAGGGUGAAACGUCACACAUUGGCCACUUUGGGGUUGGGUUCAAGGUUGGUGGCCUAUGAGCUGUUAACUCCAUACGUGAUGUGGCUGGGGACAGAUGAUGAUCAGGAGACUCAUUACCCUCCCAAUGAUGAUGACAAUCAUGACUGUGCAUUUAGAACAAAGAGAGAGGGGGGGAGUGGGGGGAAGGAGAGGAAUGAGAUUGAUAGGGCUGAUGAGACUUGUCAUGAUUGGAUUGUAAGGUAUUUGGACUGAAACCUGUGUAUGGACUGCUCCAGACUGUCCGGAUUGAAAGCCCCACCUAAAAAACAAACAAACAAACAAACAUUUUUAUU